AUUUAAAACAGUCAAUUGGAGAUUAAAAAAAUAAUGAACACGAAUAUGGCUUUCGGACACACUAAAUUGGUCCUUCGCUGGACGAAGCAUGCCAGCUUCCAAUCUCCUGCUCCAUGGCGAGCAUCAUCCUCAACCCUCCCAAGCUUGCAGCACAUGCCAAGCAGAUCAUACUCCUCGAAUUCAAGGCCAUUACAUUCUCCCUGUUCUCGGAUUAGAUCACCUUCGUUUCUAUUAUCGACAUGGUCGAAGACUCAAGUUCCUUCGUUCUCCACGUCCUCCCCCCGCCCAAAAGCCAAAACCAUACAGCAAUUAAAGGCUCGCGCUUCAACCGGACCAUUCUCAUGGAAAGCAGCCGCAUUGUUUGUUGCAACAGGCGUGGCUAUGAUAUUUUAUUUUCGCUAUGAGAAGGCGCGGCUUGAGCGAAAGAGAGUUGUCGAGAUGAGUAAGGGUGUCGGCAAGCCGAAAGUUGGUGGACCUUUCGUCCUAAAAGAUUUGGAUGGAAAUGAAUUUACCGAAGAAAAAUUGAAAGGAAAAUAUAGUUUCGUUUAUUUCGGCUUCACCCAUUGUCCAGAUAUCUGCCCAGACGAACUCGACAAAAUGGCCGAGAUAAUCGAUCUCGUCAAAGCCAAAUCAAACAAUAAAUCUGUCCUCCGUCCCGUGUUCAUUACUUGCGAUCCAGCCCGCGACAGUCCCGAAGUGCUGCGCAAGUAUCUGGCGGAAUUUCAUAAGGGUAUUAUAGGACUCACAGGCACGUACGAGCAGGUGAAGCAUGUGUGCAAACAGUAUCGUGUGUAUUUCAGCACACCACAAAAUGUGAAGCCGGGAGAGGACUAUCUAGUUGACCACAGCAUUUAUUUCUACCUGAUGGACCCGGAUGGAGACUUCGUUGAAUGUAUCGGCCGCCAAGAUACUGCUGAAACCGCCGCAUCUACUAUUGUCGACCAUAUCAAGGACUGGAAGAGGGAAGGCAAGCUUCUCAACACCGAGGAGGAAUAGUAAUAUGGGGAAAAGGAAACAACUUUCAUUGAAGUUUCCUCCCUCACAUCACACUUACUUUGACAGCGGCCUCUUAGAUCUAUGGAGCAUAACCCGCCUAACAACGGAGGACCACAUAGCUAAAUAUGCACAUUAUGCCACUUCUAAUAUACAUUACGUUGCUUUGGAGUUGGCAUCCGGAGUUUGGGCAUACAUACCACUUAUUCCCUUCCUGUAUUAUAUUCAUAUUACUUCCCCUUUUCUUAUUUUCACGUUGAAUUGAUGUCACUAUCCAAACAUGUGUAUAAACUGCCGAAGCACAAACACACGGCUUACAAUCGAGCAAUUAGGAUAUUAAAAAGCUUAGAAAGCAAUGGCUAUGUAUUUAAAAUAGCGAACAUUCAGGGCCCAAUCAGUGAAUAAAAGAAGAGCUCUUGCGGUCUUGUAAUCAAGUC